CGAAACCUUUCCGCUUUCUAUCGAUCUCUGGAGGGGGUAAGGAAUAGGCGAAGAGACGAGGUGAGACGACUCCAGGAUUGCUGGCUAGCUAGGUUCGCAGACCCGCCGCGGAAGCGAAGACGUCGUCUGGAUCCCCCCCCCGCCGCGAUCGCCGGAGGAUGUCGGCGAUGAGGCCCCACGUGAGGGCGAUCGACAUCAACGCCCUGGCCCAGAAGGUGGAGGUCGACAACCGCAUCUCCCUUGCCUUCUACUACCGCAUCGCCGAUAAUCUCCUCAAGCAGGCUAGAAUUUACAGGGACGAGAGAAAUCUCAUUGAUCUGUAUAUUAUACUUCUCAGAUUUUCGAGUCUUUUGUGCGAGACAAUACCUUGUCACCAUGAAUACCAGGCCUUACCUCCUGCUUUUAGGAAGAAACUGUUGGAUGUCAUGAAUGAACUGGAAUCUCUGAAGCCAGAAGUUCAACGUCAAGUUGACAAUCUUAACAGAGAGCAUACAUUUCAAACUGCUGGUCAGAAAAGUGUCUCCUAUAGUCCAGUUCCUGCCAAGGAACACAUCGUUCCUAUUCCUCGCAUGGACCAGACUUCUACAGUAAGUACAUCUCGAUCGUCAUGGAGACCUGCUGAGAGGAAUCGACUUGUGUUGCCAGACAACUCACAAGCAGAUAAAUCAUUGCAGAAAAUAUCUUUUGGUGUACUUAAUCCAAAAGAAGAAACCUUAUCUAGGCAUUCCAUUUUAGGUCCUAAUGGUCUAUGGGGCCCUCCUGCACGACCAGUUACUGGUAUAAGGGUCCAGUAUCCCAGCAAUUUUGAGUUGAUUCAAAGUGGAAGUUCAGGCCUGAAUCAGGAUGCGCAAUCUGGUUUAGUUGUGAUAAAUGAAGGCGAUUCUAGAAAGAGGAACUAUGAUCUGGAAUCAGUUCUCUCCCUUGAUGAUGGCAGAUGGUCUUCUAUUCCGGUAGAAGAAUCUGAUACUUUUGCUGCAAGUGUAGUUCAAGAAGAUUUUGCUCAUUUGAAUAUCAAGCAGCCAUCUCCUCCUCCAGUUCUAGCUCAAGUGGAGUCACGUGUGAUUUCCCCAUCAAAAGUUGCUGAUCCAAGACCAGGCCCAGCAAAAUCUUCGCAUGAUGGAACGAAGACUUUUCAAAAUCUACAUGUGCCGGUAAAGAUGAUGGAAGCUUUUAUGCGGCUUGCAGAGAAGAACACUGCCAAAAAUUUGGAAACCUGUGGAAUUCUUGCAGGUUUAUUGAAAAACAGGAUGUUUUAUGUGACAACACUAAUAAUCCCAAAGCAGGAAUCAACAUCUGAUUCGUGCCAAACUACGGAUGAAGAAGAAAUAUUUAAUGUCCAAGACAAGCUCUCUCUUUUCCCUCUUGGGUGGAUACAUACCCACCCAACCCAGACUUGCUUCAUGUCAUCUAUUGAUCUCCAUACUCAUUAUUCGUACCAGAUUAUGUUACCAGAAGCAAUUGCAAUUGUCAUGGCACCAACUGAUACAUCAAGAACCCAUGGCAUAUUCCAUCUGACAGAUCCAUCGGGUGUUAAUCUGAUUCGCAACUGUCGAGAAAGUGGAUUCCACCCACAUGAGGAGCCUCUGGACGGCAGUCCUAUAUACGAACACUGUUCUCAUGUUUACAUGAAUGCCAAUAUGAAGUACGAUGUGAUCGAUCUCCGUAACUCCUGAUCUUAUCAAGGCGUUCAAACACACGCUCAGUCCAGCUGGGAAGAGACCUUAGAUGCAACAUGCAGUUUGAUCCUCAGCAUGUCUACCACGAUGCUGGCAAUGCCGCUUGUUUAUUCUGUAUUUACUCUGAUGAGGAUGGAUAUAUGCCGUGUCGUCAAAACGCCGAAGUUACAGAUUCUGUGCCUUCUUUCAGUCUGCCCAGCAACACAGCCUGUUGCUUCCUUGGUGUAUAUGCAGUUUGUGACUAAUAGAUCAUCUCGGAUUGCUUUUUAUGAUGCAUCUGAACUAUACUACAGUUAGAUGCCAUAUAUCAUGCUGGAUGUAAUUGCUGGUUGUUACAUCACAUUCUCAAUAUUGUUAGUCAUUUGGCAUGA